GAAACACUGCUGCGGAUGGAUAAACUAGUCGUGAGCGGUUCUCAAUUUGAGUACAAUUUAAUCACAAAAUAGUCAUUCAUGCUGACAUUUCUGAAAGGGAUUCUUUCCCAUUUGUUGAAAAGUCCUCGAGUUUCACAAAUUUAAAGGCACUUUCCUCCUUCCAUAGAAGUCAUCAGUUGUACGGUUCUUCAGUUCAUUACUAUACCAUCUCUGUCUUUCAAUUCUUUCCAUCUCUGUCUUUCAAUUCUUUCUCUCCUCUCUCUCCUAGCUUAUAGCCAGCUAGACAUACACAGACUUCAAACAUGGAAGUAACAGUGGCUUCCUGGGCAGCUCUGAGCCUUGUUUUUGUUAGCAUAAUAGCAAGAUGGGUGUGGGGUGUGCUGGAUUGGUUGUGGUUUAAGCCAAAGAAGCUAGAAAGAUCGCUGAGAGAGCUAGGCCUUAAAGGAAACUCCUACAGGUUUAUGUAUGGAGACUUGAAGGAGAACGCUAACCUGCUCGAACAAGCAUCAUCCAAACCCAUGAACCUCUCAACCUCCCACGACAUAGUACCACGAGUCACCCCUUUCGACGAUCAAGCCCUGAAAACUUAUGGUAAGGACUCUUUUGUUUGGAUUGGCACUUCACCAAUGGUGAAUAUAAUGAAUCCAGAAGAUGUGAAAGCUGUCCUCACAAAAAUGGAUAAUUUUCCGAAACCAGAAGCAAGCCCACUUAUUAAGUUGCUAGCCCAAGGUAUUGCAGCCUAUGAAGGUGAGAAAUGGGUUAAGCACAGAAGGAUUAUCAACCCUACAUUCCAUGUGGAGAAGCUAAAGCGUAUGUUUCCGGCAUUCCACGAAAGUUGUGAUGAUAUGAUUAAGGAAUGGGAGAGCUCAGUGUCCAAAAGGGAUUCAUCAUGUGAGUUGGAUGUCUUCCCUUCUCUUCAACAUUUGACGGCUGAUGUGAUUUCUCGAACAGCAUUUGGAAGUAGCUAUCAAGAAGGGAGGAAAAUAUUUGAACUCUUAAAAGAACAAACAGGAUAUGCAUUAAAAGCCGUACAUACUAUUUACAUUCCAGGAUGGAGGUUUGUACCAACUAAGAUGAACAAGAGGAUGAAGCAAAUUGACAAAGAAAUAAGGGGUUUACUCAAGGGUAUUAUAAUUAAAAGAGAGCAGGCCAUUAAAGCCGGUGAAGCGACUAAAGAUGACUUAUUAGGUGCACUUCUGGAGUCAAGCUUGAAUGACAUCCAGGAACGUGGGAAGAACAACAAAAGUGUUGGGAUGAGUAUUGAAGAUGUAAUUGAGGAGUGUAAACUGUUUUACUUUGCUGGGCAAGAGACCACUUCAGUGUUGUUGGUUUGGACAAUGAUUUUACUUAGUCAAAAUCAGAAUUGGCAAGAACGAGCAAGACAAGAGGUUCUGCAAGUCUUUGGAAGCAACAAGCCAGACUUUGAUGGCCUAACCCACCUGAAAGUUGUAACAAUGAUUUUACUUGAAGUUCUUCGACUAUACCCACCAUUGGUUAUGAUGUCUCGAACCGUUCACAAGAAAACACAACUUAAGAAAUUCUCAUUACCAGCUGGAGUUGAAGUCAGCUUACCUACACUGCUCAUUCACCAUGAUAAGGAACUGUGGGGUGAUGAUGCAAACGAGUUCAAGCCAGAGAGGUUUUCUGAAGGAGUUUCUAAGGCAACAAAGAACCAACUCUCAUUCUUCCCAUUCGGAGCCGGUCCUCGGAUCUGUGUUGGACAGAACUUUGCCAUGAUAGAAGCAAAACUGGCCUUAUCAUUGAUCUUGCAACACUUCACUUUUGAGCUUUCUCCAUCUUAUACUCAUGCUCCUUCCUCACUUAUAAUUCUUCAACCACAAUAUGGUGCUCCUAUCAUUUUACAUAAGCGUUAAAUGAGUUGUGUAACAAAAAUGAUUUCAAACAAUGUAUGGUCGAUGUAUCCUCACUUUAAAGUAUGUACAUUUAAUCUUUUUCGCAUGAAGAAAAAAUAAAUAUGUGAUUGUAAGCUAGUAGCACAAUAAUUUCUUAA